CACAGAGUACGUCCUGACAGUUGAAAAAAAAUUGACGUGAAAAUUGAAAUUGACUUUGUUAGAAGAUUUAAAAAGAACCACAUUAAAAUCAGUUUUAAAUAUUAUUUUAAAGAAUUACCUAACCAUUCAUCUAUGCAGUGUAGGUAUUAAGAAUACAAUGUUUUUAGCACGGAAUAUACACAGAACGGGAUAUACUUAAAAUAGUAAAACCCGAUCAAAAAUACUGUUUGUUGACCAUCACUUAUCACAGUUUUCAAAAUGAGUAGCAAUUCACUUUUAUUUUCGAUUAAUAACGAAGGUAAAGUGUAUGCUCUUUCUACAAGUGGAUCAUGUUGGAGAGAGUUUAUGUAUCUCGGUUUAGAAUUUAAAACAUUAUCGGCUGUUCCACAUUUCUUAUGGGCAGUGGGCGGAGACCGCCAAAUUUACUUGCACGUUCAUGGAUUAGAAAUACCUAUUCGAGUAAAAGAAGAAUCUUAUGAAAAUGAGAGAUGGCUACCAUUGGAAGGCUUCAGUGGAAGACUUUUGCCUACAGAUCGUUACCAUUUUUCCUCACAAGAUGGGACAAAAGACAGAUCCAUAGAAUGUAUUAGGCUGCCUUCUAUGGCUUGGCAGUGGGAAGGCGAUUGGCAACUCGAGCUUGCGUUGGACGGUCAGCCAUUAGAUCAUGAUGGUUGGACUUAUGCAGUAGAUUUUCCUGCACAAUUUGGAGCAGUAAAACAGUGGAAGUCAUGUGUUAGAAGAAGAAAAUGGAUAAGGUAUAGAAAGUUUAGUGCAAUGAAUUCAUGGUGUGCUAUAGCCCCUCUUCAUAAGGACCCUACCCAGGAACCAUUUAUAGAUGUUAGCAUUGGUGGUAAUUCAAUACCAUAUGCUGCUCCGGGCACUCUAUCAGUGUGGGCCAUCACAGCACAGGGCCGCGUCAUGUACAGGGUCGGUGUCAGUACAACAUCUCCAGAGGGUUUAAAAUGGAUUAAUGUUAGCAUUCCCCCAAACUGUGACAUUAAACAAAUUUCUGUGGGACCCACUGGUCUAGUAUGGGCAUUACUGUGGUCAGGCAGAGCUAUAGUCAGAAAAGGCAUAAACAAAGACUGUCCUACAGGAGAAGCUUGGCUGGAAGUUAAGUCACCGGCUGAAACCAAAUUAACUGUUGUGUCUGUCGGCUUUAAUGCAGUUUGGGCUGUCAGUUCUGAUUCUAGAGUGUGGUUUAGAAAAAACAUUGAAGGGAAUGCUGCAGGGCAUUCAGAAACUGCUGCUAUGGGAAGUGGAUGGUUAGAAAUCAAUGGUAAUAUGUUACAUAUUUCAGUUGGUAUCAAUGAUCAAGUUUUUGCAAUUGGAGAAUCUAAUAAAGGGGUGUACUGGCGUAGUGGAAUAACACCUGCAGAACUCACAGGCAAAAGAUGGAGGAUGGUGCAAGCAAAUAUGCAGCUGAGUCGAACAUCAAGCUCAGCUAGUAUUAUUUCAUCUGCAUCAAAUCCUAAACAUCACAGUCUUAGUUUAUUGAAUGAAAAUACUGUAGAACUUAAAACUAACAUUAAUUUAUGCAACUCCUGGGAAGAGUCACACUCUGCACCUAUUGAAAACACUUUACCAUUAAAGCCAUCUAAGGAAUUAAGACCUAAAAAAAAUGUGAAUGUAGAAAAUAUUGAUUUAACUGGCAAGAGCUAUGAAACCACACUGAAAAAUCCACGAGCAUGGAGCCCAGUGAGAAGUGUAGGCUCAGUAGUGGGGAUGGAAGCACAGCCAGACAGUGAUAGUAGUGUGUUUGAUGUGGACUCUGGGAUGUACUUUGAUGAAGAAGUCAGUCAAACAGCCUGGGGCACAUGCGACACCACCUGGACAUUUAUUGAAGCUGGUGCUUGUUCUAUAGAUGCAGUUCAAGUACCCCACUGGUUUUCAGAUAGUAAAAAUGCACAUAACUCUGAUAUAACAGCUAAAUGGCGAUUCCAAAUAUUAGAUUGUUUGAAAAACAGAAACACCUUUAAUAUAGAUCUCAGCAACUUCGGAUUGGCGAUUGAAGAAAAGGGGUGGACGCGCAGUUGUGAAGCAAGACUCAUUGGUGAAAACAACACUGGUGAAGAUUGUAUAUUGUCACUGUAUUGGCAUGCUAUUGAAAAUGCUGGAACUUUGUCAGUAUUUCAACCAGAUGGGACCAUAAAGUUUAUAUUAAAUUUGGGAGAACUCACAAGUAUAACAUCAUCUUCUGAACCGGGAUGUCCAAGAAUAACACUAACCAUCCCUAGUCAAAGCCAAAGAAUUAUAAAAGUUCAAUUUAUUUCUGAAAUGGAACAAGAAGAAUGGUUUAGUGUUUUGAUAGACAUAUCAUCACAAAUAAAUGGUUUAUCUGGAAAACCAUCCAAUAACUCAAUAUGGGCUGUAACAAGUUCUGGAGAUGUGCUCAACUGGGAUCCAGCAACUGCCCAAUGCAGUGUAGACAAAAACGGCAGAUAUGUAAAAGAAUUCCAAGUGUUUGGUAAAGAUAUAGUAAAAGGUUUCACCACAACACUGCACAACAAUUUUCUCCCAGGAAGUGUUUUGAAAGUGACAGGUUGUCUGUUUGAUGAAAUUAAUAGAUUUCAUAUCAAUUUGCAAGGCCCAGAGGUUCUUAAACAAAGACAUAAAGUUGAAACAGAGGUGACUGAAAUACCAUUACACUUCAAUGUUAGAUUUGAUGAAUCCACAGUAGUAUGCAACACAAAAAAAUCUGGGCAGUGGGACUAUGAAGAGCGACACCCAUUACCAUUAAAACCUGGCCAAGAAUUUUCGAUUAAAAUUAUAUGUGAUAGUCAGGAAUUCAUCAUUAAUAUCAAUGACUCUCAUUUUUGCUCAUUUAAACACAGAUUAAGCCCUGAAAGUAUUACAUCUGUAUUAAUAUUGGGUCCUCUAAAACUAUAUACUAUGGAGUAUUAUUCUACAAGUGCUAUUAUUGGCCCAGACGAAAUGAUUUGGCGGACAAUGGGAGGCUAUUUAAGGAAAGUGGAAAGUUGCACAAAUGGAGUUGUUUGGGGAAUAUCUCAUGACCACAGAGUAUGGGUCUACACUGGAGGAUGGGGUGGUGGAAUACUUAAAGGACUUGGUGGAAGCGAUGGUAUUCACUCAAUGACAGACACACAAACUUAUUGUAUAUAUGAAAACCAACGAUGGAAUCCUUUGUCCGGUUAUACAUCCACUGGACUUCCAACUGAUCGCUAUAUGUGGAGUGAUGUUACAGGCAAACACAAAAGAACUAGGGAACAUACGAAACUACUGAGUCGUCAUUGGCAUUGGAUUUCAGAAUGGAUGGUUGACUACAAUACACCAGGUGGUGUUGAUAAUGAGGGGUGGCAGUAUGCAACUGAUUUUCCUGCACCAUAUCAUGGGAAGAAAGUUUUUACGGACUGUGUUCGCCGUAGAAGGUGGUACCGUAAAGCUCAGAUAGUCACAGAGGGUCCGUGGGUUCGCGCUGGAAGUACAGCUCUACUAGAUAUAUCAUUAUGGGGAAAUGAAAAAACUGUUUCUGUAUGGGCUAUAACCUUAGCUGGCGAAGCGAUAUAUAGAACUGGAGUCACAACUGCCACCCCAGCGGGUCUUCAUUGGGAACACAUAAAUAGCCCCCACACUCUCGUGUCAAUCAGCACAUGCAAUAAUGUAAUUUGGGCCGUUGGUCGUAAAGGAGAAAUUUAUUACCGAGAAGGCGUUUCCAACGAAAACCCAGGAGGAUCAAACUGGAAGUUAAUAGAAUCCCCAAAGAGCACAUUCACAUUUAAUCCUAAGGCUGGAACUGGAAUUAAAUUAGUAUCGCUGACAAACAAUGCCGCUUGGGUUGUACUUAUGAAUGGGGGCGUUGCUGUGAGAAUGGAAGUUUCAUUACACCAGCAGGAGGGCAAACAGUGGAAAUAUUUAACAGAUUGUGAGUUACCAUUCAAGCAUGUGUCUUGCAUGGAUCAGGAAGUGUGGGCUGUUCGGAACGACGGCACGCUCCACCGAAGGGUUGGGGUUACGUCGUACAACGCGACUGGAAUCGCCUGGCAGCAAGUUCACUGUGGACCCAUCGUUCAUGUUACCGCUAGAGGAUGCUAAAGGCCUGGCCCGACACAAAGCGUUACGGCAGCUGCAGGGAUAAACGUUUGUCUUACGAAAGCUGAUAGUGAAUUUUUAGAAACCUUGCAGGUUUGGAAAAUGUCACUUGUUGUUUUUAUAACGUCACCUGUGUUUUGAUAGUAGAUUUAUUUAUUAAUAUAUUUUUACUUAAAAAAUGUGAAGGAUUUAUAUUCAUUACAUAUAGCCUAACAAUACAACAGGCCUAAAUAUGUAAUCUAUCUAAUUGCAAUAAAGUGAAUAGAAUCGUGUAAUAUGUAUAAAGUUAUUACAAAAAACAUUUUAUUUAACUGGGUCGAAAUGUCAACAAGUCAAAAUCAAAUGAAUCGUGGUAUGUACCCCUUAUCUACAUUACAAUAACAUGUCGUUAAACCACGAAAUAAGCCUAAAAUCAUUAAUUAGUAAAAUUAUUCUGUAAACAUAAUAUUUUUAUUUUAAAAAAAUAUUAUGGUGUAGGUAGUUCGGUUUAAAAUUUUAUAUUUUCUGCAAUGUGAAUCUGCAGUAAAUAUUGAAAAUAUUAAGUAUCAAAUACGUUUAUUUCUAGUUCAUCAUGAUCCAAAAUUUUUAAGCCGCUCUUUCCCACUAUCAGCUUUCACGAGACAGACUCUAGGAAACGCGCGCGUACGCGUGUAUGGUUUGUUAUAAUGAGCUAUAAAGUACGUUACACUGCAUAUCGAAUACAAUAACGAGGAUCUCAUUCGCACUUCAUGGUUCCUUUAAUGAGAACUAAGAGCCGCUUUGGACUCUUUUGCGGCGCGCAUUUCGUUUUGUUUGUCCAAGCCUAAAUAUUUAAUACUUAAUUACUAUAUUUCUGAUAUUGAAGCUCAUUUCAUUGCUUACAAUGUUACAAGUAUUAGACAUUAUAUGACGUGAAUUGUAUUUUUUUAAGGUUGUAGCUAAUUCUGUGAUAGAUACACAAUCUCUUAAACUAAAAUGAUGGGUCUAAUAUGUUAAUGCUCCCUAAAGAAAAGGAUAGAAACAGAUUUAGACAUAUUUAAUUUAGUAUAUAGAUUAUGUACAACAGAAUUAGCCACAUUAUUUACGAAUUUUUUGAUACUCAUUUUUAAUUCCAACAUUCCUUUUAACUUUAAAAGUGAAACUUAAAAAACUUGUAUGACAAGCAAUUUUCCAAAAGUAUCCAAAGUUUUUAAGAUUUAUUAUUAAUUAUUAUCAUUAUAGAACUAAGUUAAAUCUUACUUAUAUUUUUAUGUAAAAGCUGGCGGCGCCAAUUGCUGAACUCUCAAUUUAAAAUCUAGUCAUAUAAUUUAUGUUUUUAAUAAAGUUCCUUUACAAGUUUAUAAUUAUUUAUUAGUAGGUAUCACGUACGAUUCUUUGUGAUGUAAGUGGUUUUAAUUAGCUUGGUAUUAUUCUAAAAUAAAUGAUUGUACUCUCGA